AAUAUUGUCAUUAUUACACUUUCUCUUACAAAGCUUUAAUCUUGUUCCUUUUUUAGUUCUUCUUCCUUUCCCACCACUCCUCUCUCUCUCUCUCUCUCUCUCUCUCUCUCUCUCUCUCUCUCUCUGCAUUUCUCAGCUUCAACUGUGUAUGUUCAUUUCUGUUCUUUUCCUGGACCAAUUUGCCCCUACUCAAAGAUGAGGGAAUUGCUUCUCACAAAGCAGUACCGAUGCGUACACUCUUCUUCUUGCCAAUGCAUUAAAGGUCAUUUAAGCGAAGAUGUGAUAUUCUUGGUGUUUAACAAUUUGAAUUGGAACCCGAAGCUAAUAGCUACUUUGUCAUGUGUGUGCAAAUGGUUUGAUGACCUUGCCAAGCGAGUUCUAUGGAAAGAGUUUUGUCGAACAAGAGCUCCUAAGAUGAUGAUUGAUCUCCAAACUAGUGGAACUCACAGUAUCGAUGGAAACUGGAGUGCCUUAGGGAAGCUUCUUAUAUACUGUGCAGGAUGCAAGAAAGGCGGUUUGUUUAAGAAUGUUCAAAUCCCUGCUCAUUUCGUUUACAGGACUAGAUUUUCUAAAACGUCAGGAAAGAGCUUUCUUUUGCCGCAAUGCAUAAACGAUGUUUUGUAUGUUUCUGAUCCUUGUGAGCAUCUUGACCAAGGCGAAGAAGGAGAUAUAGGAUUCUUCCGCGGAGUUUUUAAGUCAUUUGCAACUACAAAUGUAAGGAGGAUGCUUAUUAACAAAGGCGCGAAACUCCAUCCGACAGAGGUUUGUCCUUAUUGUAAGGCGAGGUUGUGGAGCAUGCUGCAGGCUAAUAUGAUACCACAAACCGCUAGUUGCAGGUUAGGUUCAUAUGAAGAAUGUGUCGAUUAUCAUGUGUGCCUUAAUGGUCACAUGGUUGGGAUCUGUACCCUGUUACCAUUGUCUGAUUCCGAAGGGGCAUCUGAGAAGGAGUAACAUGAUGAUUGUCAGAUUAGCAUCCAGUCCUCCUCGCAAGAAGUUUGGUUGAACACACUGCUGUUUUGCUUAUAGGUAAAUUUCUGCAUAGGGGAACCUCAGAAGUGCCAUUGUGAUUUUAUUUAAACCAUUAUGCCUGAUUUUGCUAUCUCAACUCAUGCUAGCAUUUUCUACAAAGGGCAAGAUUUUACCAACAAUUUUUCUUGAUGAAUCAGAUAGAAGGGUGUUACUGUGAACUAUGUUAUAUAUCAUGUAUAUUGUGAUGUCUUGAUAUCUGAACCUGUGUAACCAAUUUGGUGGUGCAAUAACUCAUGCUUGUUAAGAAUAA